CGCUCGUCAAGCGGGCGGUAAUCUAUCACGAAAGUUUAUUCGGUUGAGAGACGUAAUAGCGGUGAGGCGAGAGCUACCGCGCGGUGAAGUGUGGAUGUGCAUUUUCAAAAAUGGAAUCGAAACUGAAAAACUUCAAGGACUCGUUGACUUUGCAAGAUUGUGAGAAGACAAAUUUGAGCACGCCAUUUUCGAUUAAUGACAUUUUGACCAGAGAGAACGAAGGGAAGUACUGUCAAGAGAGUUUUGGCGCGAAGAUGAGUUUCCUGGCGAAGGCAUCGAGCUGUUAUGCCAAUGAGGAGUUUCCGAAGAAGGAGGUUUUGGAAAAGAGUUUGAAGUAUUACGACGACUGCAGCAGCUACAGAGAUUACGCGGACGACGGCGCUUUGGACAUGUCCAGGAAAAACAAUUAUCCAGUCACAGAACUUUCAGAUGACUACGACUCCCGUUCGUCCACCACCGGCUCUCCUCUACGACGGCACUCGUCUCCAAGCUCCGACCUCGGCUACAAGCCCUUCCUCUUCGACAAGGGCAGCCCCCCGCCCGACCCCCGCGCCCCCCGCGACUCCCCUACCUACCCAGACUACACCCAGAACAACGCCCGAAAGAAACGCUCCCGCGCUGCCUUCUCACACGCACAAGUAUACGAACUAGAACGACGAUUCAGCCAGCAAAGGUACCUCUCAGGCCCAGAAAGAGCGGACCUUGCCGUCAGCCUCAAAUUAACAGAGACGCAAGUCAAAAUCUGGUUCCAAAACCGAAGAUACAAAACGAAGAGGAAGCAGCUACAGAUGCAAGAGAAUGGUAUGCUAGCUGCCGCUGCAGCGGCCGCUAACCAUGCCAGGAAAGUCGCCGUCAAAGUAUUGGUUAACAACAACGGACAACCCAGUCUACCUGAUAUGAAGCAGUACCAGAAUCCUAUGUUAGGCAAAGGAAUAAAUCCAGCUUUAUUCGCUUCUCCAAACUUACUCGAAGGUUCGCCGAUCUUGAAGCAUUUUGCCGGAGUCUAUGGUGUGGAUUUCGCAAAGAAUCCGGAAUACAAGGCGCUGUUGCAGGAAUCGUACCACCAAGCGGUGUUACAGUCUUUGUAUGGACCACAUUUGGGAGUAAACUACCCAAAUCUACCUCUAUCCUACAUGUACUACCCUGGUCACCCAGCCUUUGGCAUGCCAAUGCCAUGCGAUUUCGACAGGACGAGUCAGAGCGAAAACCGAACGGAGAACGACAAAAGCAACGGCGAAAACUCACAGACCAAAGAUAAAACUGAAGAAAAAAGUAAAAGUCCGAUCGCGUUGAACGAAAACAGCAAUGAAAGCAUGGCCAGUAAUAUAGAGGUAGAAAACUGAGCAAACAAAAGACAAACGGCACGGCAGCCUUUAGAAAAAAGAAAAUAAAUUAAUUAAUGAACAGAUUUUAGUUCCUUAUGAAGCUGGAUUUCAUGACCGAACCAAAAUAUAACCAAAAUAGGUAUGUUGAAAGAAGAAAGAAACCAAUCCGUUAAAAGAACAAAAUAUUUAUUAAAUUAUAGAAAUUUAACAGAUUUUAAGUUCAUAUGAAGCUGGAUUUCAUGAACGAAACAAAAAAUGUAACUCACUUAUAUUGAAAACAGUAACCAAUCCGUUUAAAAAAGAAAAUAUGUAAUAGUAAAUAAAAUAAAUAAUAGAUUUUAGUUCCUAUACCUAAAGCUGGAUUUCAUAAUACACUCGGCAUCAAAUAAAUCGCACAUCCCGCAACAAGCACUUUUCAAACGUAUGCAUCCUCACUUCCC